CGGCGGAGGCGCCCUCGGAAAUGGAGGCAAGCCUCCUGCACUUGCUUUGGUGAACUUGGACUUCCUGGCAAAGGCGCUCAAGGUGCCAUGAUGGGCUUGGCUGAGAGAGCGCCUCGGAGCUGAUGGGCAAGCUUGGAUAUUGAAGCGAUUGCUGGGUGUGGGGAAGGCUGCAGCAGGCUGGGUAAGUUCGGGAGGCUUCCCUCGGAGCCCUUUUCCUUCCUGGGGUUGAUGGAAAGGGGAAGGUUGGCAGGGGAUAGGAGACGGGCGGAGGCUGUGGGCACUGUGACCCCGUAGCCCAUAUGGACUGUCUAACUGCCGUGCCCUGGGGGAAUUGCCCGGGCGUGGGUUGAAUGUCACGGCUGAGGUGACACAAAGCGCCAUCCUGGUGUGGGAGGCUGGCUCAGGUCUGAGAUCUGUUGCUCUGGCUGGCCUGGACGGGGUGGAGCGGCCUCAGAAAGUUACAGCCCCACUGACCUAGGACUUGUAGUGUCUGUAGCAUGGACAGAAACUAAAUGGCGGGCAAGGCCUGAGCGAACCUUGACAGGCCAGGCCAGCCCCCAGUGUCACUCGGCCCUACCUGCGCCAUUUCGUGUCUGUGGAGUUACAGAUGGAGCCCGAAUUGUUUUAUCUGAGCUCCCGGUUUUGUAAAUCGCCGCCAAGUGCCUACGAUUUGGCCGCCCAGAGCCCGUAUUGUAAGGUCCCUUGGAUCAUUUCGUCCUGCUCAUCUGAUCAGUAAGGGAAACCCCAGUAACAAGGAAGGAAACCGGCCUCUCCGGUACGGCGCUCAAGUCCCAAGUUGACGGCCCCCGCCUCUCGCAGCCGUUCGAACCCUUCUGUGGUUUGGUACAUUGAGGCGCGUAAGCGGCAGACGGAGUUCCUUUUCAAAAACAGUCCAAAAUACUUUCCUGUGCUGCAGCCCCAGAGCUGCUGAAAUGUUUAACGCACCAGUAACCCUACCAUGUGCUUUGGUAGGGCCUUCCCACCCGCAGGGUCCUGGGACACUUUCCGUGUAACCGUAGACCUAGGAAUCAGGACCAAAAAUGCUGAGGACAUUAGAGAGGAACAGGGCAGCUGUUUGCCUGCUCCCAGUGAUGCAGCACAGCAGUUGAGGGCAUGAAGUCAAUGCUGAACCCCUGCGCGGGGAUUGAGGUAUGAAGUUGCUCCUGCUGGAAUCUACCUAGGGCACCGGUGUCAGAGAAUGGCUCAGGCAUGAGAUUCGGACAGGCAUGUGCAUGUCUCUUACUGAGAGCAUCACGGGGUCUUUAAAGAUCCCAAGCGACCUUGUACUGGGGUGGUUCGUUAGUGCCACCUCCUCAUGGCAACACUUGGGUAUUCCGGUGUCCCAAGCACAGAAUUGUCCCUGGUUCUAAACCCACGUCCCUUGUGGGAAUCCUUGGAGCUCCGACACAAGGACGUCUCCUCAGAAGCCACCUGGCGAGCUUCCUCCUUGAGAAGUUGUAAUUGGCCUGCUGAGCUGUGGCUGCCAACAGGCUCUGGCUAAUUGAAAUACCCGGAAAGGAGCUGACAUUGCCCUGACCAGCUGGUUGCCCUGACAGUUCCGUAUUAAUAUGUCCCCACAUCAUUUUCCGGGGGGCAGACAGCUGGGAUGUGGCUGACAGACGGGCUGACUCGCGUUGCGUGCGGAACGUUCGGCAGAGUUCGCCUGCAAGCACGGGAGAAAAGUGCAGGACAGAUGAGGCGGAAAGUAGAUUUGCCACUAAAUUAAAUGCUUUUUGCAGAGCUUUGGCCUAGGGCCAGCGGCCGCUAACUCAGUAAAUCCACAGUUUGAACACUCAUGAUUAUUUGUGCUGUAAACGCAGAAGCCCGUAGCUUUCCCUCCGAGGUUAGCCUCUGUUUGCUAUUUGGAAUGAGCCAUAGACUACAGCCUGAUUUCCCUGAGUAGAUUUGUUCUUUGCAUGAACGGUUUUCAGCCUCCGGGUUGUUCGGGAACCGUUCUCCUCCAGUGUUUGCCCUUUGCUCUUUCUGUGGUGUGAUCGGGCACCUCAGUCCGAUGACGGGAGUUCCGCUCGCUGACCGGAUGAAACGGGAGUAGCAAUCCGUGCGCAUGGCGGGACACGGCUUUGGGAGGAACAGUCAUCCCUGGAAAGCUUGUGAACCUUUUGGACUCACGACCAUUUUCACCAGGGCCCAUGUAGUGUCCAAAUCCUCAGGGCUGAGGAGAAUAGGAACCUACGAACAGCAGCAGAGCUCAGCCCAGAGGGCCACGGAAACCGCCGGCUCCCCUGUGUGUUAAUGGAGAGCCAUGGAGAAGGGCUAGCGGCCGCAGAGGGAGCCGUGCGUGAUGUGCCCUCGCUGGGGCCUGGCCUGAGAGGACAACGCCGGGCAGAGUCAAUGGGCAGCCAGAGGGCUCCCUCUCCAGCCGUCACACUGCAGACGGAAGGAAGGCCCGAUCCCGAGGCCUCUAAUGCCAGCGGAAAGCCCCCGAUGGAAGGGGUCUGGAUCAACCGCUACCGGAAGCAGCUGGUGAGGUGCAUCUCGCCGCAGCUCCUGGGGGAAAUCAUCUGCUACAUGCGGAAGCUGGACCUGCUGAGCGCUGAGGAGGCAGGCCAGGUGCAGGAGGCGAGCUCCCUGUCGGAGCAGGUCAAGGCGGUGAUGGAUCUCCUGGCUGGGAAGGGCAGCCACGCCUCCCAGUCCCUGCAGACCUACCUAGAGACAACCAACUCCCAGCUGUAUCUCCACAUCACCGUCUACGACCCGAUGGUGCAAAGGCAUUUGGAGAGUCUCCAGAAUCGCUACGGAGCGGGCGUGGAACCUGGCCGGCUGGAGAGGCUCACCAACCUUCUGCUGGUGGAAGGCUUGACCGAUAUUCAGCAGAAAGAGCAUGAUGUCGUGCAGAUCGAGGCCACCAAAGGCAUGAGAAACGUCUCCAAGCAAAUCCCUCUGGAGAAACUCUUCCUGCCGCUGACUAAGGUCAGCAUUCCUCCCCGCAUCUCUGUGACUGUGGGCGUGGCCGGGAUUGGCAAAAGCACCUUGGUGAAACUGUUUGUCUGCAUGUGGGCCAAAGGGGAGCUCAACCAGGAUAUCGUCUUUGUGCUGCCUCUCGCCUUCCGGGAACUGAACGCUUACGAGAAACUCUCUGCUGAGCGGCUCAUCCGGUCGGUGUUCCCUCACAUCACAGAACCCAGCUUCAUUUUUAGUGGCACGGUCCGGACGUUACUGAUUCUGGACGGCUUGGACGAGUUUAAGACUCCUUUAGAUUUUUCCAACACAGUCGUUUGCACGGACCCCAAAAAGGAGAUUCAAGUGGAUAGCCUGAUCACCAAUAUUAUCCGUGGCAACCUGUUCCAGGAAGCUUCAAUUUGGGUCACUUCACGGCCCACAGCCGCCAGCCAGAUUCCAGGUGGCCUCGUUGACCGGAUGACAGAAAUACGAGGUUUUGGAGCGGUGGAGAUCAAGGACUUCUUGGACCAGAUGUUCCUUGAGAACAAAGACUUAUCCAGUCAAGUCUUGGCUCAUCUCAAGGCGAACAGAUCUUUGUACACAAUGUGUACAGUUCCUGCCUUUUGCUGGAUAUCGGGCUUCUCCCUGGGCUAUUUCCUAAAGAACAGCACUGAUCAAUCCCAGGAAAUGCCAGCUGCUCCUAAGACCUUGUCCGAAGUCUACUCCUAUUACUUUAAAAUGGCACUGAGCAGUGAUUGGCAGGAGAAGCAGAAAGAGACUCCCAGGAUAGAGCAAGCUACAAACAGCAGCAAGAAACUUGUCGGUAACUUGGGUCGCUUGGCAUUUUAUGGUCUGCUCAAGAGAAAGUACGUGUUUUCUGAACAGGACAUGAAAGCCUACGGCCUAGACCUCUCGUCACUACAAAGCAGCCCGGGCAAUCGGCUGUUACUCAAGGAAGAGACGCAGGUCUCCUCCGUCUACUACUUCUCCCACUUGACCCUCCAGGAGUUUUUGGCCGCCACUUAUUACUACGUGUCGGCCAAGCGAGCCAUGUUUGACCUCUUCACGGAGAGCGGCAUGUCCUGGCCCAAGUUUGGCUUCCUCAAUCACUUUAAGAACGCCGUCCAGAGAUCGCUGCAGGUGGAGCAGGGGCAGCUGGAUCUCUUUGUGCGCUUUCUCUCUGGCCUUCUCUCGCCACAGGUGAACCGAUUGCUGGCCGGGUGGCUCGUGGUGAAGGAUGAGCACACCAGCUUCCGAGGCCACGUGGUCAGCUUCCUGCAGAGCUGCCUGAACACCGACUACGUCAUCUCCUCCAGGACUGUGAACAUCAUGCAGUGCCUGUAUGAAGUGCAGCACAUGGAGCUGGCCAAGUCUGUGGAGGAAGCGCUGAAAACCGAGAGUUUAGCCGGGAUGCUAACCCCAGUGAAUUGCUCGGCCUUGGCUUAUCUCCUGCAGGUCUCAGAGGUGUGCAUGGAGGAGACCAACCUCUCCAACUGCCUCACCUACAAUAUCUGCAAAAGUCUGCUCUCCCAGCUCCUCUUCUGCAGCAACCUCCGGCUGGACAACAACAAGUUUAAGGACAAUGUGAUGGAGCUGCUGGGGAGCGUGCUGAGCGUGAAGGAUUGUCAGAUUCAAAAGAUGAGCCUGGCUGAGAACCAGAUCGGUAACAAAGGGGCCAAAGCCCUCGCCCGAUCCCUGAUGGUCAACAGGAGCCUGAUGGUACUCGACCUUCGCAGUAACGCCAUCGGGCCCAAGGGGGCCAAGGCCCUGGCCGACGCGCUGAAAAUCAACCAAGUCCUGCUGUCUCUCACCCUCCAGAACAACGCGAUCAAGGAAGAAGGGGUUAAAUUCCUGGCAGAGGCCCUGUUGACCAACCACAAGCUGGCGACUCUGCACCUGCAGAAGAACGCCAUUGGGCCCCCCGGUGCGCGGCACAUCGCAGAGGCGCUGAAGCAGAACAGGAGUCUCCGGGAGCUGAUACUCUCCAGUAACUGUGUGGGGGACACCGGCUCCGUAGCCUUGGCCGAAGCGCUGCAAGUGAACCACAGCCUCACCACCCUGGACCUCCAGAGCAAUUCCAUCAGCAACGCGGGGGUCACGGCGCUGAUCGGAGCCCUGCGCGCCAACCGGGGCCUCGUCAGCCUCAAUCCUGGCUCUUGUUCCAUUGGCCAGGAGGGGGCACCAGAGAUCGCCAAUGCUCUGUGCACUAACCGCACACUGAGGAACCUAGACCUCGCUGCGAAUCUGCUGCAUGAUGAAGGAGUCAUGGCCAUUGCGCUGGCAAUGAAGGAGAAUCAGGCGCUCAUGUCCCUGCACCUGCAGUGGAACUUCAUCCAGGCGAAGGCGGCCCAGGCGCUGGCCCAAGCACUACACUCCAACACCAGCCUGACCAGCCUCGAUUUGCAGGAGAACGCGAUUGGCGACGAAGGCAUGGCUGCCCCGGCUGGUGCUCUGAAGGGGAAAACGGCCUUGUUCUCUUGCAGCCUCCAGGUGGCUUCCAUCGGUGUGAGCGGGGCCAAAGCCCUGGCAGAGGCCUUACUUGUGAACAGAACGCUCACCACUCUGGACUUGCGAGGGAACUCCAUCGGUGUGGCUGGAGCCAAAGCCAUGGCCAGCGCCCUGAAGGUCAACCGCAGCCUCCGCGUUCUCAACCUCCAGGAGAACUCCUUAGGCAUGGACGGGGCUAUCUGCAUCGCCACGGCUCUGACCGGCAACCACGGCCUCACCUACGUCAACCUGCAGGGCAAUCGCAUCGGCCAGUCCGGCGCCAAGGUGAUCGCCGACGCCAUCCGGACCAAUGCCCCCUGCUGCGUCGUGGAGAUGUAGGGCCGUGGCCCCGGGAAGCGCCAGGCGAGCGAGCGGAGGCGGGGACGGGGCAGAGACUGGCUCCAAGGACCCCGUCCCGGCUCACUGCCCCAUGUCGGAGCGUGGCAGCUCCGCCCUCGUGGCCAGCGGAGGCCACUGCACCGGGACCGGCUCUGUGACGCUGAGUCGCUCAGAGUCCACGGGGGUGGGGGUGAUGGAGGCCUCGCUCCAGCAAUGAAAGCUGCUGCCGUGGCUGCUCCUGCCGGUGAAGGACGCGCCUCUCAGCAGAGCAGGGGAAGGAUGCAGCCGGCUGAGGAGCGAGCUCGCGGCAGGGCCUGGGAGGGGCCCGCGGGACGGGUGCAAGUGGGCGGGAGGCAAGGUGCAGGGCACAAGUGCUAAGCCUGUGACCUGGCCCCGGGGACAGAAAGUCCCACUGCCAGCCGGGGGGCCUGGGGCCCAGUGCGGUGAGCAGGGCUGCGAGCACAGGGCACUCAGUGCACCCGGCACAGGGAGCCUGGCACGUAGCCUGCUAGGCCCGGACAGCACGGAAACUCGCCAGCCAGCAUCUUCCCCUCACGCCUGCCCAGCCCCGCAGGCCUUCGCGCUAGGUAAUCCCCGGGGGUUGCACACGGCCGGCCCACGCAAAUCUCUGCUCCCAAGGCUUGUCACGGUCCCUGGAGCAAGCUCCAGGACUGUCCGUGUGUCCUGCUUUAGGGGGUCCAACAGGAAACCUCUUCCCUCGGCUCGCAUGGCGCUCCCUGGACACUGAGCUCUAGGGCAGCCACCCAGGAGGGUCCAAUGCUGCCAAGCUGAAGCGCCAGCAGCACGUGUUUGUGUGGGUGGAGCACAUCCUCUUGGACCUUGGUGCACCUAACAAAAUGUUCCCCACAUGGAUGGGGACAAUGAGAGCACAGUGCUUGUGAGUACGGCAGGGCCUGCACCAUGAACAAGCCACCAAGCCCAUGCUGCACCCAACAGCGAGCGACCCAGCGGCUCAGCCCCCGGCAGGCGGGAGGGGGCUGGGCCCACCGAAGGCCAGCCAGCCUGUGGGCGAAGGGGAGGCGGAGUCGGGCUGCUCUGCGGAGCUGCAGGUGGCAGGGAGAGGGCCUGGCCCCUGCCCAGUUCUCUACUUCCAGGAGUCAGGCAGCUCCUAGUCCCAGAGUCCCGCCAAGCGCGAGGCCGAGCCCAUGUUCUGAGGGCGUCCCCUUGUGGCUGGGAGGGACGUGGGGGGCCCAUGUCCGCUGCCCUAGGCCAGGCUGGCGCUGCUCAGCUGCCCGCUCUGAACGGGCUCAGGGCAAGCGACCCGCCGCACGGCCCAGCUGCCAGGGCUGAGCUGCAAGGUCAGGCGUGAGGGGAGAGAUCUGGCGAGCUGCUCACGGAGUUCAGGUGCCUAAAGGGCGUUGAGGGGCUGUGGCGCCCGGCCGUGGCCGUUGCUGUGGGCACUCAGUGCUGUUUGAGAGGGGGAGGUGACACCGGUACCCGGGGAAGAGCCAAGCCGCAGGGCCUUCCUCUGCAGGUGCUGUCACUCCCACAGGGACAGCGGCUCUCCUGCCGGCGCAACAGCAGACUGGCUCCACCACGGCCCCUCUGCAGGGGCUGGCUGGGGCCGGGAGGAGGUGCCAAGCUCUGGAAUAAAGACUCUGGAAUAAAGCAGUGGCGGCCCGGCAUUCUCCUCUGCCCUCGGCAGCUGCCGUUUGGGACUUUCCAGGGGGAAGCGACAGUCAGUUCCAUCGCUGAGGUGUGGACGCCACGUCGGGGCCGUGCUCCCGGCCGGGCGCAGCCUGUGCCAAGCUGCUGCCCCAGUGCAAAGGCUCCAGCCAGGAGGGGCUUUGGGUGUGGGUGCAGUGGGGCAGCGCGGAGCUGGGCGGCAGCACCAGCCCUGCCAGACCCUCUCCUGGAGCGGUGGCACCCAGCACAUUUAGUGCACUCGUACCAGCAGCAGGCCAGCUGCUUGUGUGCUGGGGCCCUGCUCAGCCUUGCUGGUGCCAAGCCAGGGGGCGGGCUUAAAAAAUGGAGAGCAAAUUUGCAGCUUGGGCUAACCCACCCUGCCCAAGACUUGGAACGUGGGUGGCUCCCCAGAGAUGGCCCUGUCCCCAGCCAGGUCAGGUCAGUGCGGUUGGAGGCGUGUGGGAGUUGGGCUGGAUGGCCCAGCCAGCUGGAAAGACGCAGGCCGGAGAGAGGGACAGCGAAGCAGCAGAGCCAAGCUGGUUCUAGCCAUCGCUGUGACCAGCCCAAGCGCCCCACGGGGUUUGUUUGUAAAGGGCUGCACCCAGAUUCCCAGCCUGGAAUGGGACCCCCCCGCUCCCCGAACGGCCUGUCUCAGCUCCACCGGCUGGUCCCCAGAUUCCCAGCCUGGAAUGGGUCCCCCUCCGCUCCCCGAACGGCCUGUCUCAGCGCCACCAGUUGGUACGCAGGUUCCCAGGCUGGAAUGGGACCCAACUCCCCCCCGCACCCCGAACGGCCUGUCUCAGC